AGAGGGCACAGUGAAACUGCUUCCAGAAACUUUGGCCGGAAGAGGGGGCUAACUGAUGGCAGUGCCUCUAGCUACCCCACCCCCCACCUGAUGUAAGGCUUCCAGCCACCCCCUUCUGCACCAGAAGUUCAGCUUCUUUAGACUGAAUGGUGGCGGCACAGCGCUCAGCACUCGGCUGCUAACUGAAAGCUCCCCGCAGCCACCCCAGCUUCCAGAAUGGCCAACCGGGGCCCUUCCUAUGGCCUGAGCCGGGAGGUGCAGCAGAAGAUUGAGAAACAGUACGACCCAGACCUGGAACACAUCCUGAUCCAGUGGAUUACCACCCAGUGCCGCAAGGAUGUGGGCCGGCCUCAGCCUGGCCGGGAGAACUUCCAGAACUGGCUCAAGGAUGGCACGGUGCUCUGUGAGCUCAUUAAUGCGCUGUACCCUGAGGGCCAGGGCCCGGUGAAGAAGAUCCAGUCCUCCACCAUGGCCUUCAAGCAGAUGGAGCAGAUCUCCCAAUUCCUGCAAGCAGCCGAGCGCUAUGGCAUCAACACUACCGACAUCUUUCAGACUGUGGACCUCUGGGAAGCAAAGAACAUGGCCUGUGUACAACGGACGCUGAUGAAUCUGGGUGGCCUGGCAGUAGCCCGGGACGAUGGGCUCUUUUCUGGAGACCCCAACUGGUUUCCUAAGAAAUCCAAGGAGAACCCACGGAACUUCUCGGACAACCAGCUGCAAGAGGGCAAAAACGUGAUAGGGUUGCAGAUGGGCACCAACCGCGGGGCAUCUCAGGCAGGCAUGACUGGCUACGGGAUGCCACGCCAGAUCCUCUGAGCCUGCCCCCACCCACCCCACCCCCGCCUGGCCCUCUGUGAAUGGUUAAUAUAUAGAAAUAUUUUGUGUUCAGCAGUGACAGCCCCUGAGGGCUCCCUGAGCCCUCUGCCAGGGUUGGGGACCAGCCUGGCCUGUCUCCUCUGGAGGUGCCCAGUGGUGGCCUCUCCCCAUACUUACUAAUACAUUCCCACCCCUGCCCCAAACUGGACCAGCUGGCUUCUUCUUUUCUCCUGGGACCAAACUGUGGGGGGUGUCUCCACCCCCAGUUCCUUUUCUCUCUCCCACCGGGCUCUAUGCCCUCACUGCAUUCCUGGGCUGGGGGCCCAGGGGGUGCCUCCCGGCCUUCUGAUGCUGCACUGGCCUGCCUUCCACCAGCUGUGGUUGCAGAGGCCUCGUUGAGAGGGAGGGGCCUGUGGCGGCUGCCACGCCAGCCACAGCUGGACCACGUUCACCGCGCCUCCGGGGCAGCCUUCCAUAGCAGCGGGCCCCGAGACUUCUCAUUUUCCAUUCCCCUUGCUGUGGCUAAGGGGUGGCAGAGGAAGGAGGGCUGCCCACCGCGUGGUCUGGGCCUUGAGGAAUGUGAGUUUGCUGAUUUAAAUAAAGAAUCCCAGUCUUUUUUGGAUGGA